UGAAGCAAGGCUGGCUGAGCCGAGGUAGCGGUACGGCGGCUGAGUUGGUGCGGCCGUGAAAUUUCUGGAAGCUGUGGGGCGCUGUGCCUUCGGGUGGGGGUGUCCGUCUCCAGCGAUUCCGUCGCCUGAAGAGACGGGCGAGGAAGAGAGUGAGCAGCUCGCAGGGAGUGGGAGCAUGAACCACAAGAGCAAGAAGCGCAUCCGCGAGGCUAAGCGGAGCGCCCGUCCCGAGCUCAAGGACUCCCUCGACUGGACCCGGCAUAACUACUGCGAAAGCUUCCCGCUGAACCCGGCAGCUUGCAAGGACAACGUGGAAAGAGCAGAUGCACUCCAUUUGUCCGUGGAAGAAUUCAUUGAACGUUACGAGAAGCCUUACAAGCCUGUUGUCCUACUAAAUGCUCAAGUUGGGUGGCCAGCCCAGGAGAAAUGGACUCUGGAGCGCUUAAAGCGCAAGUAUAGGAAUCAAAAAUUCAAAUGUGGAGAGGACAAUGAUGGUUACUCUGUGAAGAUGAAAAUGAAAUAUUACAUAGAAUACAUGGAGACCACACGGGAUGACAGCCCCCUCUAUAUAUUCGACAGCAGCUAUGGGGAACAUCCUAAGCGCAGGAAGCUUCUGGAAGACUACAGGGUGCCCAAGUUCUUCACAGAUGACUUGUUUAAGUAUGCAGGAGAGAAGAGAAGGCCACCUUACAGAUGGUUUGUGAUGGGCCCUCCUCGAUCUGGAACAGGUAUUCACAUUGACCCUCUGGGAACCAGUGCCUGGAAUGCUUUGGUCCAAGGACACAAGCGCUGGUGCCUUUUCCCUACCAGCACUCCCAGAGAGUUGAUCAAAGUGACUCGUGAAGAAGGGGGGAACCAGCAAGAUGAAGCCAUCACUUGGUUCAGAGUGAUAUAUCCCAGAACUCAGCUUUCUACUUGGCCUUCUGAGUUCAAACCCCUGGAAGUAGUGCAAAAACCAGGAGAGACUGUCUUUGUACCAGGCGGCUGGUGGCAUGUAGUUCUCAAUCUUGACACAACCAUUGCUGUCACUCAGAACUUUGCCAGUUGCACUAACUUCCCUGUGGUGUGGCACAAGACGGUGAGAGGAAGGCCAAAAUUAUCAAGAAAAUGGUACAGAGUCCUAAAACAAGAACAUCCAGAACUGGCUGCACUAGCAGAUGCUGUUGACUUACAGGAAUCAACAGGGAUUGCUUCUGAUAGUUCCAGUGAUUCAUCAAGCUCUUCCAGCUCCAGUUCUUCUGAUUCUGAUUCAGAGUGUGAUUCCAGUUCAGAGACGGAAGGAAUGAUGCAUCGGAGGAAAAAGCGAAGGACAUGUAGCAUGAUGGGAAAUGGUGAUACAACCUCUCAUGAUGACUGUGUGAGCAAAGAGCGCAGCUCCUCCAGGAUUAGGGAAUCUUGUGGAAGCCGUGCUCAUCCGUGAAAGAUAUCGAGACUCAUCUAAAGGCAGUCACAACCAGCCAGCUGUUUUCUGUUUUUCCAUCAGCUGUAUGCUUAGAACUUUCUCAAGUCUUCACCACUCCUUUUUCAUUCUUUUUAAAAUUGAAUUUCUACUUGCCAUGACCUGCAGUCUGAAUCCUUGCUAACUAAAGGAGAAACUAGAGAUUUCUGUGUGCUCAAACCUCUCUUUCUGCACUCCAUCAAACAAGUCUGCUGAACAUCAGAAGACCUCUGUAACGCUUUGCUGUGGCUCUCAACUAUGUCCAGUCAGAACAGGAAAUUGAGGAUUUCUCUCAACUGUCUUAACUAUACACAGGUAUAUCCUGAAACCCUGUGUCCUACUCCAACAUUGUCAUAUGUUUACAAUUUGAAUUCUCAUGCACUACAACUGGAGGUCAGAACUGCAACCCCCAGUUUAUGUAAUUGGCUGGCAAAAUCUUUACUAGAGGACAAGAGACUAACCUGGUUAUAUUCACCUAAGGUGACUCUUCUACUGUGUAAAUGAUCACCUGUAAGAAGCACCUUUUCGUAGUUCUCAGUUUGUGGGUAACACCAAACCCCAACCAUGGGCAAAUGGGACUUAUGGAAAAUGUAGUGUCUGAACAUAGUGUCUGCUCAGUGUCUGAGCAGUUCAGCAUGAUUCCAUGCGCUUUCUAUUUUAAUGAAAAACUGCUGCUGUGUUGUAGCCAGUUUAGGAGCUAGCUCUAGAAAGAAGUGGUAUGGGAGAAGCUGAAGCUGCUUCAUUUACCUCUCCCUGUGGGAGUUUCUGGAAAUGUCCUAUGAAGGUAGAAUGCUUUUUUAUGAGGAGUGGGUGGGGUCUGAAGAAAUACAAUACGAAUCCCAUUUUAUGAAGAGCUGCUUCUUUGGAGCCCAGGAACGUCCCGCUCUUAUCUGCUGUUGUUGCGUGGCAGGUAUUUGAGAUGUGUGUGGAUGCCUUGAAAUAAGAUGUUGCUGUGUGUAUCCCAGGCAGCUGAAUUCUUUUGGAAUCUGCUGCUGCUGCAAGGGCAUUGUUUGUUGUUAAUGGAGAUUGGUAUUACGUUGUAAGGUGGAUCUUGCAUCUGUUAAUGCAACUGGAACGCUGUCCAAACCCUGAAAGUCAACAGCAUAGUGAAAAGGUCUGUACUGUGAUCACUUAACCAAGGAGCUGAGUGAUUAUCUGGGCCUGACUGCAUUUUGAGUUAGGACAUGGAGACUGUGCUUUUCUGUUUUUGUUUUUUGUGUGUGCUCGUACUUCAUCAUGAGAAAACUAGGGAUAGUCCAAAUGUGCUGGCUGGUGCGGUGUGAAGUCAGACAGUCUGGGGCCAGCUACUGAUUUUCUAGCCCUGUAAGGAACAUAGCUAGGAAAUCACUGAUAUCACAUAAGUUUCCAUGGUUCCAGUGUGUGCCAAAAUACUACCAUAUCACUGAUGCAGGGAUCUAAAUAUCACUUGCCAGCCUUAACUCCAUGCAUGUAAGAAACAGUUAUUUUUUGGUAAAUACGGAUAGAUUGUAUCCCCAAAUGAUUUCUUACCUUUCCACAUUGUUGUUCCCAAACAACUUCUGUGAAAUAGAACAACCUUUGCAAAUCAGAUCAUUUCCCCUUGCAUAGCCUUGGAUUGCACAACUUGUCUGGAAAUACAUUAUACAGGAUAGGGAUCAGGAGCCUUGUGCUUCCAGAUGUUUUGGGAUAUAACUCCCAUCAGCCUCAGCCAGCAUAGCCAGGGAUUAUGGGAUCUGUAGUCCAACACACUGGAAAAUACCCAUUUGUACCCCUCAUGUAGAACUUGUCAUCUUUCAAUUUUGUUACCAGGUACUGAGUAUUCAAACCUAUGGAAGUGGAUGAAUAGCAAGAGGGAAACACAGGAAGGGAACCAUUCUGUGGACUGAGCCUGGAACCUUUUGCAUGCCAAACAUUUGCUCCACCUCUGAACAUUGGCCUCUCCCCAGCAUUUGGAAGCUCUUUCAAUGUAGCCUUGUAGUUGCUAAACAUUCAGCAAAAACUGCUCAUUUGCUAUUAAAAUGUUUUUUGCAACCAUGAGGCUUAGAAACUUUAGGUUGGUGUUUUUCGUGUUUAUAUUUAAACAAAGGCUUGAUUCCAAGGUAAUAUAUUAAAUGCCAUAUUAUGCAUUCUGCAGGGCCUCUAUAGACCAGGGAUGCAGGGAUUAUCAUUUUUUCUUGGAAUCAAGUGGAUAUAUUUGUAAUACUGGGAUUCAGAUAAGUUAAUUCAGUUAUGUGCAUUUAUUUAAAUGGCAUAGGGUGCAGUCUUAUGCACACUGGCUGGAAAAUACUGGAAGUUACAGGACUUCUGUCUAAACAUGCAUCAGUAAAUUAAUUUGGAAGAGCUAGGGACUAAGCUUCCUUGUUUGGACUGAAUCUGAAGACUCCUCAUUGAGUAAGGUGCACUAGCUUUCCUCCAUAUUUCAAAUCGGACUUUUGAACAAAAUGGCUUUUUUGCCCAAUUUGCAUUUAAAACAAUGCAAUCCCUACCUGAAUUGUGAUGUUUCAGGGUGAAACCAGUUAAUGGCUUCCUUUUUAGUAGUAGUAACCGCACACAGCUGAAGUGGCAAUGUUCAGCUGCAAACAUAGUUAUCUUGUCUUUUUAAAUGUCUAUCUUCCACAAUAUUGAUCAGAUUUGUUCAUGAAAGAAGGUAGUUGUCUCUGUUAUUGUAAUAGGGAAUAUUUUAUAUGGCAGAUUCUCACAUUUAUUAAAAACAAAUAUUAAACUUGGGUUUUCAUCCUUUAAAAAAGGUUGUAGAUUUUAUUUACAAAACUGUACAUCCUUGCUGUCAAAACCUGUGUCCUAUCUUGACUCCUCUCAAAAAAGGAGGGCUCUAAACCAUGGCCAGCUCUUUCACCUGUGCUCUUUCAGACCUCUUUGAUUGGCCUCCUAGAUGCCAAGUAUAUACCUCUCUGAUUGAGUUGAAGCCAAGCAGCAGUUGUGCUGAGGAAAGGACUCAGCUUUCCCUGCUUACAGCUGUCUGAAAAUAAAGAUGGUAAAAUAGAUGGCUGCCUGUACUAAAUGGCUUUGAAGAUCAAAGCAAUUUGCUCUACACUUCAGGUAGAUGUGAGCUGAGAAUCAGACUCAUGGGCUCUCUCUGUCCUGCAACCAAAAGUAUAUAAUUCAGUGCUUUUGAGCAAAGAAUGACUGGUCAUUUUAAAGAUAAUAUUCUGCUUUUCACAAAUUGUUUUUAUUUAUGUGCAUCUUUGCAAAUCCAAUGCAUAAUGUUUCUAUUGUGUCAGUAGUGGGUCUAGAUCUGAGCUAUGUCAGCUGUUGCCUAAACACUUGGUGGCUAUUAAUUAGCAUUUUCUAUAACCAUGAGAGAUAGGAACCUAUAUUUUGAGAUAAAGGUUAGCUUAAGACUCAGUUUCAUUCAGUAUUGGCAAUGAAUCGUCUUCCAAAUACAUGGAUUAUUUUGGUUAAGAUACCCCUACCUAAGAUGUAGGUGUUCAGUUUAAAGGCUAAUCUGGAGACAACUGCAAUCUACCAAAAAGUAGUUUUUAUUAAUUGACCCAAUUUGUGGAAGAAGAUGCAUGUUCUGCAGGAUUUCUGCUAAUUAAAAGUCCUGCUACAUCAGAAAGUCCUAGUUUUCUUAAUUCUCUUUGCAGAUUUCAGUCAAAUUUGAUGAACUUUAUUUUUGUUGGCCUUAAACAGUGCUCUCCACUUACUUGGGGAAAUGUGCUAACACCGUUUCUUACUGAAAUUCUUAAUGCCAAUUUCAUUAUGUUGAGGCAACCUUUUCUCUGUCAGGUUCUUGAAGCUUGAUUCUUCCCUUUUGUAAGGAGCAAAAUCUCUGUAGAUUCUUGUGGCAAUAUUUAAAAUGCCAGCUCCAUUAACUGUUUCUCCAGUUCAGUCCAUCCAUAUAGUGAAGUCAAGAUGCUCUGAAUUGUUCUCAUUGGAAGAUGAUUGUGUUCUUUUUUAAUUUAAAAUAAAAUCUUAUUUUCCAUUA